ACGUUAUCCUCCAAGAAAGUGGCGCACUUAGCGAGGUCAACUUUUCUGAAUACACAACUAGUUUAGUCAACGAAGGUAUAGUUAACCUAGGUCUGGAGUUAACUACGUAAUUACGAAAGCAUUUGCUCUAUGGCUUUUUCCCCGCCUUCCGUGUUAUUCUAUAGCCAUAACUCCAUCAAAAGCAGUAAUAGAUUUCCGGUUAACAUUCACCAAAUCCAGCUAGCUACGUGCAGCUACGAUCAUGGAAGCUCACCAGAACAAAGGCCCUUCCUCACCGCGAGGAAACUCUCUCGUUUCCAACACUCAAACACUCUUGACUCCUGAACAACUUCAUAGAAUUGAAAUACACCGCAUGAAAGCUAAGGCGAUCCGGGAACAACAUGAUGCUGAAGCGCGAUCUAAUUCUAUGUUCAGUGGUUCCGUUACUGCUGGCCAAAAACGGCCAUAUUCAGACAUUUCGCUUUCAAAACCUCCGAUAAGCUCUCGUAAUGCCCGAUCAAAUAAAUCGUAUGACCGGCCACUCGAUGAAAUUCGUCCAGCUCGUAACUUCGCCAAGUACGUGGAAUACGACAUGAGCAAAAUGACAGAUACGAAAGGGGGAUUUUUAACCGCGGAAGAUGAUCCGCAUAACAAGGUGUUAAAUUCGGGUGAGGGGGAUGAAAAACCCGCUCAUAUGACGUCAAGGGAAUGGGAACGCCAUCAAUUAUUACAGUCCCUACGCAGGGACAAGGCAGGUCCCUUCGAACCCGGGCUAAGUAUACUGAGUACGAAAGAGCAGAGAUCUUGUCGAGAGUGCGGAAGCGUAGAGAUUGACUGGAAGUGGGAAGAAACAUUAAAAUGCGCCGUCUGCAAUUCCUGCAAGGAGAAAUUCCCUGAGAAAUAUAGCCUGCUCACGAAGACAGAAGCUAAGGAAGAUUAUCUACUGACAGACCCUGAGUUAAAAGAUGAAGAGCUUCUACCUCAUCUAGAGAAACCAAACCCGCAUAAAGCAACAUGGAAUAACAUGAUGCUUUACCUUCGAUUCCAAGUCGAGGAGUACGCGUUCUCACCGAAAAAGUGGGGAUCACCUGAGGCUCUGGAUGCUGAAUUUGAGAAACGAGAGGCUACAAAGAAACGGCAGAGAGAAGCCAAGUUCAAAUCCAAACUACAUGAUCUAAAGAAGCGAACUCGAGUUGAAGCGUACCGACGAAGCCGCCAGGCGGCCACAGGAGAAGGAUCAGGGGGGGAUUUCGGAGACGACCUUGGCAGCGGGAAACAUGUGCAUCAAUGGGGGAGACUAGUUGACAACCCAGAGACAGGUAUAGGGGUAAAGACAUGUAUUGAUUGUGGAAUGGAGAUUGAAGAACUUGAGUUCUGAGAAGUUUCAAUAAAAGCCACUCCUCCUGGAAAUGCAACUGCGACAGCCUUAGAUACGUAAAAUGUCGUGUACACCAUGUGUGUGUAUGCAUGCCUCCAUUACCUACGUACGGUACCUAGCGUAUAUGCCAGCAACCUUCUCUGCUUCGAUGCGGUAAGCACCGUGACUUACUAUUAGAUAUACAUACCCAUACGGGAAGAACGAAGGGUUAAUUUACGGUGAUUACACCGUGGAUCCACCAUUCCACCCGUGUCAUGUGUCGCUGAUUGUAACACAUGUUCCAUCAUUAUAUUCAGCAACAUAUCACUGAAUAUUAAAUGUCAAGAUGAUGUUGAGACAGUGCAGAACUUUCUAACAUCAUCAUAACACUACUCAGUAACUGUGUAAUUGGCAGAUGCCAUCAUCAGAAUACUACUAAGAUAUUAUGAGACACUGUAUACUGUUCUGUCAAUGAAACCAAUAUACUAUUAAGCUAGUUACCUGUUACUCAGCUGCUAUUCAUC